CCCCUCGGCGGCGUGUCGUCGGGCUGGCAGCCAGGCCGGCGCGUCACGUGGCCGAGCGCCGCGUCCAGGGCGCCGAGCCGCCGGGCAUGGAGCGCCAGGCCGCCGGGGGCCGGGCGCCGGGCGCCGCGGGGCCGAGCGCGCCCAGCCCGGGGGCUAGCUAUGACCCCGCCGGCCCCUCAGACCAGGAGCAAGAGACACAGACGGCUGCGGAUGGACUAGCCAGUGGAGCCCAGAGCACCUUGGAUGACAGUCCCACCUCCAGAGAGGGCGAGCACCCCGAGGAGGAAGACUUCGAGGUGGACGGUGACGACUCGGACGGCGAGCCCAGUGCCUGGGAGCUGCCGGAGGAGGUGUCGGGCGGCCCGCCCAAGGGGCAGGCGGCUGACUUCUUCACCGAGGACUGGGACCUGGAGCUGAAAGCCGAUCAAGGGAACCCAUACGAUGCCGACGACAUCCAGGGCUGCAUUUCCCAAGAGAUCAAGCCCUGGGUAUGCUGUGCCCCGCAAGGAGACAUGAUCUAUGACCCCAGCUGGCACCACCCGCCUCCUCUGAUCCCCCAUUAUUCCAAGAUGGUCUUUGAGACGGGCCAGUUUGACGAUGCAGAGGACUAAGCUGCAUCUCCAGGUCUCUCUUCUGUUCUCUGAGGUGAGGUGCUGUGUCCGAGGAAACAUUCCCAGUGAUCCCUGAGUGAGACACAGGCCCGUGUCUAAGUCAGUCCCUGUCCCCAGUUCUGUUGUUGUUGUUCUUGAUGCGCUCCUCCUUGGAAUGUGUGUUUCUAUUAGGAGGGAGAAUUGUGUUCUUUAUAAAUAAAGGUGGAAAA